GAUCUCGGGGCGGUCGCGUGUCCAGGCGGAACACACCAGGAGGAGGAAGAAGCAGCAGAUCGGGCCCGGAGAUAAAAAGCUGAAAUCUCAUUUUUAUAUCGACGACCAUCAGGACUGGAUCGAUGGCGAGGUCAGGAGGGUCACAUGACGACAGCGACGUUUGCGUAGACGUGAUCGCCAACGCCACCUCACCCGACCCCCCCCCACCUCCUCUCUCGGAGAGACUUUCCAACGGUAGCCUGGUCCGCCACGUCUCCUUGACGGCCCGCGCCGUGGACCUCGUGGACCACGUGGACGUCCUGGGCGACGAAGGCGAGUGCAGCCGACUGAUUGGCUUCCUGAAGCAGACCGUGAGCGGCCGGCGGAGGCGACGGCGCGACUACAACAAGAUCAACGAACUGGACGACCCCCUCCCCGCAGAGUGGUGGAAGACGGGCGUGGCCUUCCUCUACGCCUUCUUCAAUCUCGUCUUCACCACUGUCGUCAUCACCGUCGUCCACGAGAGGGUUCCAGACAAGUCGGUGAGCCCGCCGCUGCCCGACAAGUUCUUCGACUACCUGGACCGGAUGCCUUGGGCCUUCACCGUCACCGAGGUCAACGGGCUCAUCCUGGUCGGACUCUGGUUCGUCCAGUGGCUCACUCUCCAGCACAAAGCUAUCAUCGGCCGUCGUUGUUUCUUCCUGAUCGGGACUCUCUACAUGUACCGCUGUGUCACCAUGUACAUCACCACGCUGCCGGUACCGGGGAAACACAUGGUCUGCGCUCCAAAGCUCUACAACGACUCGACGGGGAAAAUAUGGAGGAUUCUACGGCUGAUUUCAGGAGGAGGUCUGUCUCUGACCGGCUCUCACCUGAUGUGUGGAGACUUCCUGUACAGUGGACACACCGUCAUGUUGACGCUGUCCUACCUCUUCAUCAAAGAGUACUCUCCUCCUAGAUGGUGGUGGUACCACUGGUUCUGUUGGCUCCUCAGCGCCUCCGGAGUCGUCUGCAUCCUCCUGGGUCACGAACACUACAGCAUCGACGUGGUGAUCGGAUACUUCGCCACCACCCGGCUCUUCUGGUGGUACCACGCCAUGGUCAACAUGCCUGAAGUUCGUCAGGUUUCCAACAGCUUCCUGUCGAGGACGUGGUGGAACCCGAUCUUUAACUUCCUGGAGAAGAACGUCCAGGCGCCGGUUCCCCUCACGAUCUCGUCUCUGGUGAAGCUUCCGUUCUGCAGACAGAACUACAGCAAGGUGGAGGUGGGACGAGACGAGUGAGCUCAGUGACAUCAUCAUCAUCUGUGACUCUUUAAAUCUGUUAAUUUAUUAGAACCAACAUUUCCAGCUCUCUCCUAAACCCAGAGGAAGAGGAGGCACGUUUACAUUAUUUCCGUCAUCCUCCUCCUAUUGACGAUCGCUUCAAUCAACACCGUGGAGUUCAGUGUUCAGUCCAACGCUAGUAGAAAGAACAGAUGGAGGACAGGUUUAAUGUGCCAUUAGCUAUAAGCUACCUCAUCAGGCUAAACCAGGGGCGUCAUUUUAGUUAAGUGGGGGCCACGUAAAACCCUAGUUUGAUCUUAAAGGAGCCGGACCAGUAACACAACAGCAUAUUAAUCUAUAAAUAACAACAACUCUAAAUGUUUCUAAAUGUUUUAGUGCAAAUAAGUUCACAAGUGUUCACAUUUAAUUAAUUUAUUUUAUUUUAUUUAAAGAAAUAGGAGAGUCAUUUCUAUUUAGUUCCAGGUCUCGUGUCGUGUCGUGUUAUAUUCACAACUCUUUCCUAAAACUUUAUGAAACCUUGAAUUUAGCAUGUGUGCUAAACAAUGUCACACCAACAAAGCUAACAGUUAGCUUUAGCAAACAUGGGUUGCAGAUAAAUGUUCAUAGUUAAAGAAAUUUGACUUAAAGUUUAAAAACUGCCCUUAUUCACAUCAGGACUGUAACCUGGACUCUAGAAACUCAUAAACACCUGUCGUAAGUGACACCAUGCUAAUGAAGCUAAAAUAAUACAUUUAACAUGCAUGAAAAGCAAAUACACAAUCCUGAUUAGGUUAAAGUUAAAAAAUUAAACCUUCUGAACUAUAUUCUGGACUAAAUCUAAACUUCUAAAGUGAAACGAAGAGUUUAUUUAUUACUGUUACGUUUGUAAGCUAGAGUCUAGGGUUUCAACUGAAGCUAAUGUUAGCUGUGCUGUUUGUUAGCCACAAUGUCAUUGUGAUAAACUAUCAAACUAUGAGUGAAGUUGACAAACUCCUGAAAGGUAGAUUUAUAUGUCUGAAACAUGUUUAACAAAACAACUGGGUUUGUAGAGUUUAGAGAAGACGUUUCAUCCGAGUGGCCACUCAGAUGAAACUUCAUCUCUAAACUCUACAAACCCACUAGCUUUUUUUUAAACGUUUUUAAACUGUCAUCUGGAUAAGUAAGAACCUUCACAGCCAUAGUUUAGUCUUAUUUUUGAGUGGUUUGUAAAAUUAGCCAGAUGUUCUGGACCACGGCUAACCUGCUAGCUACGCUGACACAAGCUAGCUAAUUUUUGCCAAUCUGAACAAACGUAUGGUAGCCAUGUUUGAUGUAACUUCCAGCUCGUGUUCUUGGGUAUGAAAGUGAAAACCACUGAACUGGGUCCAGUUAGUCCGUAAUAAUCCCAGCUCCAUUUAAAAAAUGCGAAGUUGGCACAUGCUAGCUCAUUAUGCUAGAUCACAGGCGGCCCUCCACAGGGCAAAAUUUAUAUAGAAGACUAAUCUAAGGGUUCACAUAGUUUUAGUUUUAGUUGUGGACAUAACACGACACACUGAGAACCAGAACUAAACACAAAUUACACUUUUUUUUCUUACAAAAACUUCCAGUUGUUCAUUAAAUGUUUUGUAAUAGUGAAGUUUAUUAAAUAUAGACACUUUUAUAAUAAGUUAAUUUGCACUGAAACAAAGGAAACAAUCGGACCUGCCUUUAUUUAUAGGUUAACUCUCAAACUAAACGAAUCCACAUUAAAGCUCCAUACGACUCCUUUCCACUCAGUGUCUGUAAAUAAUUAUUGUUGAUUCUCUUUCUGUUCUUGAUUAUUGUCGUUUACCUUUAGUUCUCAAGUCAGAAGGUAGAAAAAAAAGUAUUGAACCGCUGUUGAGGAUCUUUGUUCUUUUUUUUUGUUUGUUUUGUUUUUCAUUCUUUAUUAUAAAAUGAGACACUGGAAACAACUGCCAUCCAAACUCUGAACAAUGCUGCUCAUUUCAAACCUGAUUCAUGAAGGAUUUUCUGCCAUUAAGCUCCAGUUGUGUUAAAGGAAACCGCAUUGGAAAAAACUGACGCAGUCAGAUGUUUGCUUUGAUAAUAAAAAAAAUUUAUAUAUUUUCAACA